GUAAUAAUUCGCAACUGUCCCGAGUUUGCGCUUGCGUGAACAAUCACUCGAGCGUAUAUUAUUGCUUAUUAUGCCGGUUGCUGGAUCAUUUGAAUCAACGAAGCUGCUGAAUCUAAGUUCAGGGGAAUUUUAAUAAUAAUCAACAUGGUGAUUUUAUAUUCGAUCGAUUUGAGCCCACCAUGCAGGGCAGUUCUGAUGGCAGCAAGAGUCAUCAAUCUUAAUUUGGAUGUUCAUGAAACGAACUUGUUGAAGAACGAGCAUAAAACGGAACAAUUUCUCAAGUUAAAUCCUCAGCAUACAAUUCCUACCAUAGAUGAUGAUGGAUUCAUUCUUUGGGACAGUCACGCAAUUAUACGUUACUUAGUAAGUAAAUACGCUAAAGAUGAUUCUCUCUAUCCCAAAGACCUUCAAAAGCGAGCAAUUAUUGACCAGCGUUUGCAUUUCGAAGGUGAAAUGCUUUUCGUUCGUCUACGAAAUAUUGUUCGGCCGAUAUUUUACAAUAAAGUAAAAAAAUUCAAUGAAGAAAAUAUUAAUCUCGCGCAUGAAACUUGUGAAAUUUUAGAUAAAUUUCUCGAGGGUAAAAAGUGGCUCGCAGGAGAUAACUUCACCCUUGCAGACAUCAGUUGUGUGUCAACUGUCAGCUCUUAUCCAGCGUUUUUAUCGCUCGAUAAAUACAAAAAUAUUGUUGCCUGGUUGAAAAAGUGCGAAAACGAAAUUCCUGGCUACGCUGAAACUAACGCUCCUGGCGCAACUAAAUUCAUCAAAGCAAUAAAAUCUUUAGCACGAAUUCAAUUCAACAAGUUAAGGUUGUAUAAAUUAUCUGUUAUCCAAUAUAACACACUCAGGAGGCAUACUAAUAACAUGGUACGACCAAUAUUGUAUUUUGGUAUCUGGAGCCCUCCAAGUUCCGCCGUUCGCAUGACUGCCAAGGCCAUUGGUUUAGAUUUGGAUCUACGUGAAAUAAACUUAUUUAAGAAGGAUCACCUUAAAGAUGAUUAUCUGAAAAUAAAUCCUCAGCAUACCAUACCGGUUUUCAAUGAUGAUGGUUUUGUUAUUUCUGAUAGCCAUGCAAUAAUGACAUACAUGGUUGAUAAAUAUGCAGAGAAUGAUAAUCUUUAUCCAAAAGAUUUGAAAAAACGAGCGAUUGUUAAUCAAAGUCUUCAUUAUAGUGGAGGAGUUAUUUUCUGUCGUUUGUUAGGAGCUUUACAACCUUUACUUCGCGGUACGACGAAAACGGUCUCGCCAGCGUCGCAGCAGUUUUUGGAAGACUCUUAUAAAUAUAUGAACACUAUUUUAGAUGGACGAAAAUGGCUUGCUGGCGAUUCUUACACACUUGCAGAUAUUAGCAGUAUUACUGCAAUCAGCAGUGUUACGGUAUUCAAAUCGAUAAAUGAUUAUCCUAAUUUGAUAAACUGGAUGAAAAAUUGCCAAGAACUGCCAGGAUAUCCAGACAUUGCUGCCGUGGGGAUAAAAGAAUUCCAUGAUUUAGUGAGCCAGCGCUUGGAAAAAUAAAAUUAAAUUUCAAUCUAUGCAAAGAGAUGGCGACACAAUAAUAAUUCGCGAAUGCGGUAGUGUUUUCAUCUUAUUAUUUAUCUCCAUAUAGAUUUUAAUUAACAAUCAGUUACGCAAGAUUAAUUUCAAUAAUCAGCAAUUAUAUGAUAACUGAUAUCAUGACUCAGCGAUUUUAUUGAUGACUCCAGUCCUUCAAAGUGUAUCAUGUAACUAUCUAACGAAAAUAUAGCGGACUAGACUCUAGACUCUAGUCGUUCUUUUUAAUUAA